AUGCCCCAAAGAAAGUCUCCAGAGAAUACAGAGGGCAAGGGUGGAUCCAAAGCAACGAAAUCGUCUGCCAGGUUGUCAGCGAAACCCGCACCACCAAAACCUGAACCUAAACCAAGAAAGCCAUCUGCUCACAAAGAACCUGGAACGAAGACUAACAAAAGUACUAAAAGGAAAGAGGGAGAGCACAAAGCUGGAAGGAAGGUCCUGCACCAUCUGAAAAUGGUGAAACUAAAGCAGAAGGUGCACAGAAAACAACCUGUAGAUCACAAGGUAGAAUGA